GCUCAACCAAAGCCGACGCCAGAACUCGUUCAUCUUUCAGCCUCCUCGUACAAUCCGCAAUGAGCUUCCUUGGUGGAGUGGAUCCCGCCGACAUCGCAACCCAACGUGCUGCGAGUCGGAGCUUGCGCAAGGCCACCGAGCUCGUCAAAAUCCAGCAAUACGAACGCUCUGUCCCCUAUUUCGUGGACGCCCUCCAAGAUUACUGGACCGUAGACGCAGUCCUGCAAUGGGCGUGGCGGUUCCCCAACAAGGAGCUCGCUCUUCAGCUCACCGAGAUAACUGAGGCAAAAGCGCGGGCACACCUACUGCAGGCGCUCGGCUCGGACUGCUUUGGCGAAUCUUACUAUGGGUACGGAGAAUUCUGGGGCCUCUCGGACACACGGCCCUACAUGCGCGCCUUGGGCGCCAUCGCCCACCUGGCCCACCGUCUUGGCGACUACGACAAAUCUAUCGCCGCGAGCACAGAAGCACUCCGCCUCUGUCACGGAGACAACAUGGGCCAACGAUACAUUCUUAGCAGCAUCCUCCUGAAGGCAGGACGUUUCGCCGACGCGCUCUCCUUUUGCCAGGUCUGGCUCGACCCGCAAUAUGAUGGACUGAACCGUCCCCGCGGGGGAUGCACAUUCGACCCGCCUAAUCCAGAACCCCUCACGCCGCGCCUCGUCGAGUGGCACAGCAAGCCAUGGUCGCCCGGAAACCUGUUACUCAACGCAGCAUAUGCAGCAUUCGCCCUGUGGGGCGAUUGCGAGCUCGCCAGGCAGUACCUCGUCCUGGGCACCCGCGCGAACCCCGGCAUCUUUGUCAAGGUGCUCGCGAGGCGCGAGAAGCCAGACGGUCCUUAUUCGAGACCGCGUACGACCAACGGCUCGGACGAGGCGCACGACUACCGCUGGCUCACGCAGGACCUGUGGGCGGAGCCUGAGGCAUGGGUCUGGAUCAACACCAACCGGGACCUCAUCGACAUCGUGGUCAAGACAUGCACACGGGAGGGCUGCGGCCGCCGCGAGAUGCGCCCGCUCGACUUCAAGAAGUGCGGCGGCUGCAGGCAGGCGUUCUACUGCGGGCCGGAGUGCCAGCGGGAAGACUGGCAAGCCCACAGGCAGGCUUGUCGACAGGCGAACGCGCCCCCUGCACGUCCGGAUUCGCCGGUAUUCGCGACGUCGGCCUUUUUGAACAAUCCGGCAGCCUUGCACGCGAUGACGCUCGACACCAGCGAUGACAGCUCGGACUUGUCUGAUCUUUGGGAGGACGGGGUCGAGGUCGAGCCGUACUAGUGCAUCUCGCAAGCGAGACCAAGUUCUUGGAUGAUGAUACUAUAGUGAAGGUCUUUAGACUACAAGGAUGGCCGUGAGUGCCGCGAUAUUGUUUUCUACUUGAAUCCGUGGUCGUGUAGUUAAUAACUGAUGGAGUAACUUGUACCAUGAAUGUACCACAGCAAC